AUGACUUUCGCGGGUAAGGAUGCUACUAAGGAGUUCAACAUGAUCCAUCCGGCUGAUGUUAUUGAGAAGUACGCUUCUGAGUGUGUUCUUGGUCCCGUUGUUGAGGCCAAUUCUGCACCUGCUGUAGCAGCUACGAGUGCACCUGCUCCGGCUGCUCCUACUGCAGUAACGACCACUCCGACAACAUCUGGUGCCGCUGGCAAGUCUUACACUAUGGACGAGAUCUCGAAGCAUAACUCUCGCGAGUCCUGCUGGGUUGUGAUUGAUGGUGAGGUCUUGGAUGUUACGGAUUUCUUGCCUGAUCAUCCUGGUGGAGAUAUCUCUAUUCUCAAUUUCGGUGGCAGAGAUGCUACUGGGCCUUUCCACGAUAUUCAUCCUGCUGGUAUCAUCCAGAAAUAUUGUCCCGACGCUGUCAUCGGUGUCGUUGGAACCGGCUCGGCCGCCCCCUCGACUGCUUCUACGGCUCCCGCUUCUGCUGCUGCAUCUGCUCCAGCUCCUGCUGUUUCUGGAUAUACUAUGGAUGAGGUCGCUAAGCACACCACUGAGGAUGACUGCUGGGUUGCUAUUAACGGACAGGUCUUGAACGUCACGGACUUCCUCCCUGAGCAUCCUGGUGGAAAGCUUGCCAUCAUGACUUUCGCCGGUAAAGAUGCUACUAAGGAGUUCAACAUGAUCCAUCCGCCUGAUGUCAUUGAGAAGUAUGCUUCUGAAUGUGUUCUCGGUCCAGUUAUUGAGGGCAAGUCUACUUCCACUCCUGUUACAUCGACACCUACUCCUGCUCCUGUUGCAUCGACACCUGCUCCUGUUGCUUCAACCCGCGCCCCUGCUCCCGUUGCAUCGAAGCCUGCCCCUGCUACAAGCACUGCCGCUUCCACACCUGCGCCUACUCCUGUGGCUCCCGUUGUUGCAACUUCUGCUGCUGCGAGCGGUAUCACAAUGGACGAAGUCGCCAAACAUACGACUGAGGAUGAUUGCUGGGUUGUCAUCAAUGGUGAGGUAUUGGAUGUCACAGACUUCCUCCCCAAGCAUCCUGGUGGAAAGAUGGCCAUUCUUACUUUUGCUGGUAAGGAUGCAUCCAAGGAGUUCAACAUGAUCCAUCCGGCUGGCGUGAUUGAGAAGUAUGCUCCCGACGCUACUUUGGGACCACUUGUUGAGAAGGCUGUCGGUCCUGCAGCUGCUGGUGGUGACUUGUCCCAGCCUCUUCUUGCUGACCAGUUUGAGUCCAAGGCUCUCACUGAACAGUGGUGGGGUGAGGAUCGUAACAAGUCGGACAUGUUCGGGCCACUCGGACCAUCCAUCAGCUCCUACGCCAUCUCUCUCUGCUACCUGAUUUGGAUGUUCGUCAUUGACACUCUCAAGACUAUCUUCAGUGUCAAGAAUUACAAGGUCCUGUCUGAUAAGUCUGGGUUGCAGCGUUCAGCUAUUUUCAUGAUGGUCUUCGUCACUAUUCAUGCUCUCGGUAACAUCAACCUGUUGGUUGGUGAUAGGAACUUCGAGGGUUAUGCUUAUCUCUUGAACCAUCCCUGUCCUUGGAGUACACUAUUCCUCCCUGUUGAGAUUUAUCUCUUGCUCGCCGGAAUUCUUCAUGUUGUCGUGGCUACUGUCCGUACCUUCAAGUUCAAGUCUAUGAACUCGUCGUUCCGCGACUUGGAGAUGUUCAUCACUGGUUGCAUUCUACUCAUAUUCCUCAUUGUGCAUCUUAUCCAGUUCCGUUUCGUUUCGGAGGCCUCGGCACCUAAGUACUGGAUGCGUGAUAACUGGUUCCCUUGUGCUGAUGAUGAUACAAGUUGUCCGAUCAUUCACUUCAAGGAUCUCUACAAAAUGGCAUUCCAGAUCUUUGAGAGCUUCGGUUGGGUGUGCUUCUAUAUCGUUGGCGUUAUUGCUUUCUUUAUUCAUAUGAAGAGUGGUCUCAGUCGUGUCAUCAUGACGAACGGCAAUAUCCCGAGGAAGUACAAGAGCACUACCCAGUUUUGGGGAUCAGUUAUGUCCUGGGUGCUUUUCCUUCUAUACCUUACAUAUCCUCUCUUCGCCUACUUCAACCCUGUAAAGGACUGGGCUGCGUAUGAUGCGAAGCAGAUUCGUCCAGAGUUUUGA